GGCGUGGCAUCAGCACAAUUCUUUUCGAGAUGACGAAAAAUCUUCUAGACGAUACCAUCCCUCUUCAUUGUUUGAUUGAGAAUUUACGUGUGGACUCACACGUGACCUACGAAAUACGCGUCUGGCGUGGUGUGAGAAAAAUGACUGACUCAUGGACGGUGUCUAGACGAUACAGUGAUUUUGAUGCUUUGCAUGCGGCAUUGCAGCUGGCAGACGUCGACUUGCAUCUCCCUCCUAAGAAAGUGUUUGGAAACAAAGACAGGAUGUUCGUGAUUGAGAGACAGAGGCAACUCGAAUCGUAUUUGCAGACUGUGUUGCGAGAGCCUGUGUUGGCGUGUCAGCUGCCGGUUAAACAGUUUCUUGAUCCUGACAAUUACUCAUUCAAUUUUUAUGAAGAAGCUUAUCGUCAUGUAUCGAUGUUUUUCCGCUCAGAAGUAAACUGGGAACUUGUAGAGCCAUUACCAAGAAUCGGUUGGCGAUUUAGGAAAGAAUACUUUAUGAUUCGGCCAAAGGAUAGUCCGAAAAGCAGCAAGCUCAUCUUAUCUUAUUGUGAACCCGGACAUCCACUCUUGCUAUCAGAAAAAGACCUCUCUACCUCUCUGAGACUCCUACCUACCAUACAGCAUCCCAACAUUGUACAGACAAUACGCACGUUGUACAACGGAACUGGAGCAAUAAUUGUGCGGCCGUUCUUCGACACUGGCUCACUGCGUGAUCUCAUAUACAAAACAAAACCGACCGCUUUGUUUCUGAAGAAGUAUGGGAGUCAGAAAUCGAGAGGCGUUAACUAUGAUGAUAUUAGACGCUUUGGGAGACAGAUUCUUGAGGGAUUGAAGUUUUUGAUUGAGCGUGGGAUGUUGUUUGGUCAUCUUCAUUCUGGUAACAUCUUCAUGGAAAGGCGUGUCUGCAAGCUCUCUGAUCUUGAGAACCCACUACUAAGUCUACCUCCGUUCUAUAAGGCAAAUCUAGCCGAGUUCAAGAAAAUACAAAGUAAAGAGCAUGAAGCUGUGUAUGCGUUUGGUCUCGUUCUUUAUGAGAUGGGAUGUGGGUGUAUGAUGAGAACGGCUGCGAUGAACGUUGUGCCUUCGUACUGUCAUGGAGAAGUCCGUGCUCUACUCGAAUCAUUUUUAACUGAAAAGUCACUGAAGUCUGGUCUACCUACUGUUGAUGACCUAAUCUCUAACCCUCUUUUCUCACCAUAUACUCCACCAAGUGAGAAACCACAACUUAAGGUACCAAGCAAGUUAAAGGAGAGUUUUAGGCAGGUUUGUGAAACAGAAGAAGCCAGCAUGCAGGAAACAGCUAGAACGGUCGAUCGUAUCAAGAAAGCCGACAAAGAGAAAUCCCGGCAAGCAUCUCACGACAAGAAAGUCGAGAAAUUUCGACAACAAUACAAAGAAGAAAAGGCAAAGAGCCGAGCAUCAGCAACAACGAGCAAACAAAAAUCCAAAUCUCCAGCAGACACUCCACCUCCUCAACGAUCAGCACCUCCAGCACCACCACCACCUGCUAGUAACCCCUCACCACCUGCUGCACAGACACAAACGUCUUCAGGGGGGUCAGGCAGGGGUGACCUUCUCAGCUCUAUUGCAGGAUUCAAGAAGGGAGGACUGAAAAAAGCGGAAACGAACGAUCGAAGUGCUCCCAAACUUUGACUGCAUCACGAUUUCUAGCCUCAGCUUAUUGCAGUGAAAUUUCUUGUAGCUGUGUGAUGUGAGUGUGUGACAUUUUUGAUGAUUGGAGAUUGCUAUUGUAGAGAGACAUGUCUAAGUCUUGUUGCCACUUGUGCUCUUGUACGACUAGUGUGUACAGUUUUCUAGAUUUGUU